UGACGCCUCCUUGAUAAAAGAGGACUUUUGUUCCUCUCAGGCUGCGAGUGUCUGAAGUGAGACUUUAGGGAGUGCCGAUCUUUGCUUUUGAGACCUUCAAUUUCAAAACCAAAUUAUUUUAUUUUCUUUUAAAAAUAGAAUGGAUUAUUAUGCUAAUAGGCACAGAUUCAGGCGGAGACAGACUUAGGAAGAUUUUUGAGGAGAAAUGGUAAUCCUUGCUGGUUGAUGGCGUUAUCAAUCGCUAACACUCCGUCCGCCUCAUUGGAUAGCUGCCUUUCAAAUACCGAGAACUGCCCUAUUUUCUGAUCGGACAAAUCUCCAGGAAAGUUUCUGAGAUUGGUUUAAAGAACUCUCAAUUUCUGCUCUUCAAUAGAAGGCACGCGAAGCGACUGUAGGGGUCCCAGAGUGGGAGCAGCGAAAACUCUGGAGUACAUUACACCUCGUUACUCUACUGGCGCUCUACCCUGGAGGAGUGGGAUUGGAUUUUUUGACCACCGGCUGGGCUGGAGGCGCUUUUCACUGGGUUUAGUCAAGAGUAAGGCAGAGGGCGGAGCACCAGUACGCAAGCUCGUUCCAACCGCCAUUCUCGCGCGUCUUCCCUGAAGCGCAUGCACCUAACGAGUAGUGCUCAUUGGUCCGCAAGAGAGGGGGUGGGAGACUAGGAACGGUGGGAGCUGCUCUGUGUGGAGGAGCUGCUGCCGGUGUCAUGGCGGAGCUGAGUGAGGAGGCGCUGCUGUCAGUAUUACCGACGAUCCGGGUCCCUAAGGCUGGAGACCGGGUCCACAAAGACGAGUGCGCCUUCUCCUUCGACACACCGGAGUCUGAGGGUGGCCUGUACAUCUGCAUGAACACAUUCCUGGGCUUCGGGAAGCAGUAUGUGGAGAGACAUUUCAACAAGACGGGCCAGCGAGUCUACUUGCAUCUCCGGCGGACCCGGCACCCAAAAGAGGAAGACAGCACCGCAGGCACUGGAGACCCCCCACGAAAGAAGCCCACCCGCCUGGCUAUUGGUGUCGAAGGCGGGUUUGACCUUAGCGAGGAGAAGUUUGAAUACGAUGAGGACGUGAAGAUUGUCAUUUUGCCGGAUUACCUGGAAAUUGCCCGGGAUGGGUUGGGGGGACUGCCUGACUUUGUCAGAGAUCGGGUGACCAGUGCGGUGGAGGCACUACUGUCCGCCGACUCAGCCUCCCGCAAGCAGGAAGUACAGGCCUGGGAUGGGGAAGUACGGCAGGUGUCUAAGCAUGCCUUCAACCUCAAGCAGCUGGACAACCCUGCUCGAAUCCCUCCCUGUGGCUGGAAGUGCUCCAAGUGUGACAUGAGAGAGAACCUAUGGCUCAACCUGACCGAUGGCUCUAUCCUCUGUGGCCGACGCUACUUCGAUGGCAGUGGCGGCAACAACCAUGCUGUGGAGCACUUCAGGGAGACAGGCUACCCAUUAGCUGUCAAACUGGGCACCAUCACACCUGACGGAGCUGAUGUGUACUCAUAUGAUGAGGACGACAUGGUCCUGGACCCCAACCUGGCUGAGCACCUCUCCCACUUCGGCAUUGACAUGCUGAAGAUGCAAAAGACGGACAAGACGAUGACCGAGUUGGAGAUAGAUAUGAACCAGCAGAUUGGCGAAUGGGAGCUGAUCCAGGAGUCAAGUGUGCCACUGAAACCCCUGUUCGGGCCUGGCUACACAGGCAUCCGGAACCUGGGUAACAGCUGCUACCUCAACUCGGUGGUCCAGGUGCUCUUCAGCAUCCCCGACUUCCAGAGGAAGUAUGUGGAAAAGCUGGAGAAGAUCUUCCAGAACGCCCCAGCGGACCCGACCCAGGACUUCAGCACCCAGGUGGCCAAGCUGGGCCACGGCCUUCUCUCCGGAGAGUAUUCCAAGCCAGCACCGGAGUCAGGCGAUGGGGAGCAGGUGUCAGAACAAAAGGAACUUCAAGAUGGCAUUGCCCCUCGGAUGUUCAAGGCCCUCAUUGGCAAGGGUCACCCUGAGUUCUCUACCAACCGGCAGCAGGAUGCCCAGGAGUUCUUCCUUCACCUUAUCAACAUGGUGGAAAGGAAUUGCCGGAGUUCUGAAAAUCCUAAUGAAGUGUUCCGCUUCUUGGUGGAGGAAAAGAUCAAGUGCCUGGCUACAGAGAAGGUGAAGUACACCCAGCGGGUAGACUACAUCAUGCAGCUGCCUGUGCCCAUGGAUGCGGCCCUUAACAAGGAGGAGCUUCUAGAGUACGAGGAGAAGAAGCGGCAAGCUGAAGAGGAGAAGCUGCCACUGCCCGAGCUGGUUCGGGCCCAGGUGCCCUUCAGCUCCUGCCUGGAGGCCUAUGGGGCCCCCGAGCAGGUGGAUGACUUCUGGAGCACGGCUCUGCAGGCCAAAUCAGUAGCUGUCAAGACCACACGAUUUGCCUCAUUCCCUGACUACCUGGUCAUCCAGAUCAAGAAGUUCACCUUCGGCCUAGACUGGGUACCCAAGAAACUGGACGUGUCCAUUGAGAUGCCAGAGGAGCUAGACAUCUCCCAGUUGAGGGGUACAGGGCUGCAGCCUGGAGAGGAGGAGCUGCCUGACAUUGCCCCACCCCUGGUUACUCCGGAUGAGCCCAAAGGUAGCCUUGGUUUCUAUGGCAACGAAGACGAAGACUCCUUCUGCUCCCCUCACUUCUCCUCUCCAACAUCCCCCAUGCUGGAUGAGUCGGUCAUCAUCCAGCUGGUGGAAAUGGGCUUCCCCAUGGACGCCUGCCGCAAAGCCGUCUACUACACGGGCAACAGCGGGGCCGAGGCCGCCAUGAACUGGGUCAUGUCGCACAUGGAUGAUCCAGAUUUUGCAAACCCCCUCAUCCUGCCUGGCUCCAGCGGGCCUGGCUCCACAAGUGCAGCAGCGGACCCCCCGCCAGAGGACUGCGUGACCACCAUUGUCUCCAUGGGCUUCUCCCGGGACCAGGCCCUCAAAGCUCUGCGGGCCACGAACAAUAGUUUAGAACGGGCUGUGGACUGGAUCUUCAGUCACAUCGACGACCUAGACGCAGAGGCUGCCAUGGACAUCUCAGAGGGUCGCUCGGCUGCCGACUCCAUCUCUGAGUCUGUGCCGGUGGGGCCUAAAGUCCGGGAUGGUUCUGGAAAGUAUCAGCUCUUUGCCUUCAUCAGUCACAUGGGCACCUCCACCAUGUGUGGUCACUACGUCUGCCACAUCAAGAAGGAAGGCAGAUGGGUGAUCUACAACGACCAGAAAGUGUGUGCCUCUGAGAAGCCGCCCAAGGACCUGGGCUACAUCUACUUCUACCAGAGAGUGGCCAGUUAAGAGCCUGCCCUGACCCCUUACCACGGAGGGCAGGGGUCAGACCACCUGGCAUGAGGGAGAGGGGCUGGGGGAUGGACUGCAGCCUGCCUGCUCUGUACCCUUUUUCUUUAUGCCCCCGCCCCUCCGCCCACAGCAGGGAAGAAACUAGAGGCCCUAGGAGAAUGGCCAAGCAAAGUGGAGAGGCACUCGAGAGACUUUGGGGUUAGAGCAGGGUGGGGACGGGAGGGUGGCUGCCUGUCUGUGAGGAGACUCUGUUGCUUCCCCUCCCCCAAACCCCUGUUCCUCUGCUUCUCUAAUCCUGCCAGCUCCUGGUGUGGAGGGGCUGGUUUGUAUGUGUGUGCGUGUGGGUGUCGCUUUGUGCAGCCUCUUCCACAGGACGGGGUGCUCCUCCUCCCCUCCCCCUUUGUGUUUGUCCCCUGUGUGGUCAAGCCAGGAGGGAUCUGAGGGAAAUGGGGACCCCCUCGCCCUCCUGCCUCAGUCUUUCCUUCACCCUGUCUCUUCCCUGUUCUUCUCUGGAAAAUGCCAAAAUACAUGAUGUGAAUAAAAGUACAAUGGCUAAAUU